AUGUAUAUUCCCUCAUCUACAUCAGACUUCAGCUCAGUGGUUGAAGACAUAUCGCUUCGUUCGUUUACUUCAAAUGUGGUAUCCACCGCUGAUUCAUUCAAAAGCUGGGACACCUGUAUGGCCAACCACACAUGUAAAAUUGUUGCAAUCGUUUUAAUCUGUGUAGCUGGUUUUGUUGCUUUGUGGUUUGUAAUGGCAGUUGUGUCGUGUUGUUGUAUGGGAAUGAAAAUUAUGGAAGGGUGUUGUUUCUGUUUCACUUGUUGUUGCCGCGGAGGUUCAAGAAAUCAAAAUUACCAACAACCCCAGUAUAUCGAAAAGCAGCAAACUGUAUACGACAAUCCAAAUAUGUACGGUCCCACACGAGCUCCUCAGAUGUAUAACAAUCCUCCUACUCCUGCACACUUUGCUAACCAACAUCAAGGAGCAUACGACGGAUACCAGCCCGUGAAUAAUGAUGUUUACGAGCCAAAUUCAAAUAUCCAUGUUUCGCCAUUUACUGACACAUCACACAAUGAUAGUAAGUAUAAAUAUUAG